AUGCCUUAUAGGAAGAGACCACUAGAGAAGAAUUGGAAUGGAGAUAGAAAGCGAAUAAAAGAACAGACUUCCACUGAUACAACAGACGCCAUUGCAAGAGCUAAAGCAAGGCUACUAGAAAAGAGCAAAAACAGUAAUCCUGAACACAUAGGUCAUAGAGAUAAUUCCUCAGAGAAAGACUCAUUAUCGGGGAGAAUAAAUCCAUAUAAAGAUCGAUUUAGUACGAAAACCCCUGAAAGUGAAAGAGAAGAGCAAGAAGGUAGAGGUGGACUCAAUGUGGAAAUUCAUCCGUUAUUACGAAAUAAUGUUCCAGCACGUACAUUACCUAAAAAUCAUAAUCCUUUAAAACAGAACGUUAGAAAGUGGUUUGAUCCCACAGCCAUCAAUCCAUACUUAAACCAGGAUGAUAUUUCAGGACUGAUUAAGUCGCAACACGGACCAAGAGCGUUUCAAUUCAAUGAACAUGGAAAGUAUAUUGCGAAGGGAAAUGAAUUGAGAGAUAAAUUGCAAAAGGAGCAAGAAGAAAUAGCCAAGUUUCAGGAAACUAAGGAAAAGGGAUUGGCAGCUGAUGAAAAUUUGGGGGAACAUUUGUAUAAAGCACAAUAUCCACCGGUUGUUGAGUGGUGGGAUAGACCAUAUUUGAAAGACCGUAAUUACCAAAACAUCAGUGAUAAAUCACGUCUCGUAUAUGACAACGAUAUUGCUCCGAUAUCUAUAUAUAUACAGCACCCUGUGUUAAUUCCACCUCCUUGGGAAAGACACAUGCCAGACGCAAAACCUAUGUAUCUAACGAAGAAGGAAUUAAAGAGAAUAAGACGCAAUGAUAGACAUGAAAAACAGAAGGACAAACAAGAUCGUAUAAAAUUAGGUUUAGAUCCUCCUCCGCCACCAAAAGUGAAAUUAUCAAAUCUUAUGAACGUAUUAACUAACGAGGCAAUUAAAGAUCCUACAGCAGUGGAAAUGAAAGUUCGAGAAGAAGUUGAGGAAAGACAUCAAAAGCAUAUGCAAGAAAAUGAAGAACGGAAGUUGACUAAAGAAGAAAGACUUGCAAAAAUUCAAAAGCAACAUGAAAAGGAUCUUGAAAAAGGGUAUCAUACAACUGUAUUCAAAAUUGAUGAACUUUCGAAUCCCAAAAACUUUUUCAAAAUUGAUAUCAAUGCUAAGCAAUUGGAGUUACAUGGCAUAUGCUUGUUGAAUCCCAGAUUCAAUUUGAUUAUUGUGGAAGGUGGCGCUAAAAGUAUCAAGUUCUACAAAAAACUAUUAACCCUGAGAAUCGAUUGGACCGAAAAUGUUAUUCCUAAGGUGCCUGACGAUCUGAACACCUCUGAUACGUCGCCUGGACAAAUAGAAGAUCUUUCGAACAAUAAAUGUCUGCUUCUAUGGGAAGGGCAAAUCAAAGAAAUAAAGUUUAAGAAAUGGUCUAUCAUGAAAACCUCCAAUGACGAUGAAGCAUUUGAAGUUCUUAAUAGAUUCGGUGUUAUAAACUAUUGGCGUGAAGCUCUAGUCAUAGAUAAUUAA